AUGACAACUCCAACCCAAACCAGCUCACCAAAAACAGAGAAUCCUGAUAAUGUAAACACAUGCAAACCCAUCUUUCGCAACAAUGCCGAUGCCGCCGCACGAGGCCCCUGGCGCAGCGAUCCAGAUGGAAUCUCUCACCUCGGCCCCGAUGGGGUACUACGCUCACUAAACGCCGACCACACCGCUGUGUUGGACUUUCGUCGCUGUUCUCCCGAGGAACUCACGGAGUUGGCGGCGCCUCUGGGUCAGGUCACUCAGGAUAGAUUGGUUGGUGUCGAUGGUCGCGAUGUGACUGACGAAGCACAGUUGUGGGCUGUUCCCGAGAAAAAGUGGUUGUGA